AUGGGAAAGGCGAAACAUCAGGUUACCGCGGACGGGCGCUGCAAACGUGAGCGCAAGAAAGACGCCACGCGAUCAGAGGUCGUUGAGAACUGGAGGUGCGAGAAGUGCAACUUCACGAACGAUGCGUCGCUGCCCUUUUGUGAGAUGUGCGAUGCGCCCCGUAAAGACGGUGAGGAGGACAGUGAUGCUGACGACCUUGCGGAGUGGUCUUGCGCCUCUUGUUCCUUUAAGAACAUCGGCCUGCUACCCUACUGCGAAGUCUGUGAGGCACCUCGGUCAACCUCCUCCGCGGCCGCAUCCGCAGAGGCCGAGCGUGAGUGCCCUCUUUGUUCCUUCCGAAAUCCGAGCCAUCGGACUGCGUGCGAGAUGUGCUCAACCCCUAUCCCGGCAGAGACGACGCCUGCAACAGGUAGCAGCGCUUCCCAGCCGUCUUCAACGCAGCAGCAUGAAGAGGAAGAGCCUGCGCCUGCGCCGUGCACAGACGAGGAGCGUCGGCUUUUGAUGUCGAUGGGCUGGACUCCUGAAGAGGGGGACGAUGAAGAUGGCGGACUGGAGGACUGGGAGAUUGAUGCUGCGCAAGAGAGACUUUGCGGGGCAAUGUCGCUGUCAGUGCAGCUUGUGAGCCGCUCUUUCUCCGGCGUUCCUGGCGUUCGGGAGUUGGAGCUGUUCGUGUGUUUGUCGGCCUUUUAA